GUUGAAACUGGAUGAAGAAAAAGAAUGGAUAUGGGUAACCAACAUCCUUCCAUCAAAAGGCUGCAAGAAAUACAGAAAGAAGUGAAAGACUUAGAAUCACAAGUAACAACUUUUAGUGGUCUGGCCAGUGACCGAGCUUAUAAGAAUCUAGAGAGGGCUUUGACUAAACAACUUUUUGAAAUAGAUUCUGUGGAUGCUGAAGGCAGGGGUGAUGUUCAACAAGCCAGAAAGAGGGCUGCCCAGGAAACAGAGAGACUGCUUAAAGAACUGGAACAGAAUGCAAACCACCCUCAAAGACUGGAGAUAGCCUCUAUAUUUAAUGAAGCACAGACAUUAGUGGAACAUGAAAUCACAGCUUUUUACAAAGGAGGCAACUGUGUGACUGAGGAAUUUGAAGAAGGUAUUCAGGAUAUCAUUUUUAGACUCACACAAGUGAAAACUGGAGGGAAAAUCUCUUUAAGGAAAGCCAGGUACCGCACUUUGACAAAAGUAUGUGCUGUUCAGGAGAUCAUAGACAGUUGUACAAAACAGCAGCCCUCCCUGCCAUUGUCCAGUGAUGCACAUCCCUCUGUCGCCAAGAUUAAUUCUGUCAUGGUUGAUGUAAACAAAGCAAAAGGCACCCUUAUUGCUGUAUUAAUGGGAGUAAAUAACAACGAGACCUGUAGACAUUUGUCCUGUGUGCUGACAGGCAUGAUUGCUGAUCUGGAUGCCUUAGAUGUAUGUGGUCGGCCAGAAAUAAGAAACUAUCGUAAAGAAGUUGUAGAAGAGAUUAACAGAUUGCAGAAAUACUUGGAUCUGGACGAAGAAGCCGAUACCACUUAUGCUUAUGACUUGGCCCAAAACAGAUGCAUUAUAAAAAUAGAAGAAAUCCGUCAGAAGAUGAAAGAAAUUAAUGCUUCCCUUUUAAAGGGUGAGAAAGCUUCAGAUUUGUACCUGAGGUCAAAGGCUGAGCUACAGGGAUUAAUUGCUCAGUUGGAUGAAGUGAGUCCUGGCAAAAAUCCAUGCAUCCGAGAAGCCAGAAGGCGAGCAGUGAUAGAAGUUCAAACCCUUAUAACGUUUAUUGACUUAAAGGAGGCACUUGUCAAACGACAAGCUUUUGUGGAACAAACAGAAGCCGAGCCUCCAUCACACAGAGCCAUUUGGCAUAUUCUUGGAAACGUGUCCGAAAUUCAGCAAGAGGUGCUGUCAUUUGAUGGGAACAGAACUGAUAAGAACUACAUGAGACUGGAGGAAAUGCUUACGAAACAACUUCUAGCACUGGAUGCUAUAGACCCUCAAGGAGACGAGCGCUCAAAAGUAGCCAGGAAACAGGCAGUGAAGCUUGCACAGAAUAUUCUGUACUACUUAGACAUGAAAACAGAUGAAUGGGAGUACUAAAAAGAGAUGUCUUGUGCUAGAUAUUGCUUUCUCCCUUGCAGUCUGUGCCAGCCAGUCUCCCACAAAUGCAAGACCAAAAGUUGUUUCAUUUACUAAUCUCUUUGAGGUUGAGUAAAUGUUGGAAUGGGAUGUGCAGCAGCUUCUUUAUUCCGCUGCAGCCUGGCAGUGAUAGCAGUCCACAUGGAAAUUAUGUUAGACAUUUUGUCACAGACCCCCCCUCCCAAAUUUUUAGAUCACAUGAUUUGUGAUGAAGAUUUGCCCAAGCCCAACAUUUGGCCAGAACACCCUGUGCAUGAUAAGAUACUGUGUAUGACAUUAAGAGAAUGCAAUCUCUCAAAGGUGUUUUCUCAAAUCAGGCAGAGUAAAACAAAUGAAGAGAAGACCUGGAACUAAUGUCUAUUAGCUAUAAACCAGUUUACAUGUUGGUGUUGUCUGAUACAGCACAGUUGCAAUCCAAAGGAUUAAAUGUAAAUUACUCAUGGCUUUUGUGUGUGUUUGGUUUAGUUUUGCUGAUCUUUCACCUAAGGUUUGACUUCAUUAUAUACAACUUGUAGUCAUUUGAGCCUAUUAUUAUAGGAUGGUGCGUAAUAACAGUGUAGAAAUCUGUUGCAGGCCAUUUACUCUGAACCCUAAUUCCAUAGGGUUGCUUCUGAGUCAGCUGUCUGCAGGGACAGUGAUUCGGAUUGGUCAUUCCAAAUGUAAUUUCCCUUAAAAACUGAGAUAACCACAGAACAAAGGAAUUCUAAACUUUAAAAGCAUAAGAUAGGUUGAAACAUAAUUACUAUGGAUCCCCCCAUUGGCCCUUUCAUAGUUGAUAAGCAAUGUUGUCAAAUUUUGUAUGUCCAAAAUAAUUUGCUUCUUGAUAGACAUUGGAUCGCAUGUCAAUUAUUUCUUUGCAUUUUUCUGAAUCCAGUGAAAAAUUGUUGCUUGCUUUGUUAAUGGAAAAUCAAGCAAGUGUUUUUAUAGCUGGGUUUGGCCUGGAAAAUCCUGGUGCUUAAUAAAAUGUCAUGCAUUACUCAUAUAUUCCCAAUCCUUUGUGUUGGUUUCUUCAGCAAUCUCUACACUUACUGAUAAGUGAUGACAGCAAGUAUAUACCUUAGAUGUGCUUAAUCUGCUUUUCUCACCCAGUUUUUAAUCUUCCAAACAAUCAGAAUAAGAAACUCUUCAGAGUGUUUCUAUUUUAAAUAUGGAAGGGCUGUCUGUUAGGUGACAUGAAUUGGCUGCAUGUAAAAAGGCCUCUUUCCCUCUUUUAUAGUAGAGACUGAGAAGUUAAUAACUAUGCCUAAAUACUCUGAGCUUCAAAUCAGUUUAGGUUUGUUCUUCCCCUUUCCUUGUUGAUUCAGGAAGAUAGAAACCAUCGUCAAUUAUAGUUUUUCAGCCGCAUUGAUAGUAGCAUGCAGAAAUCUCUAGUAGAAAGUAAAACAAAUAAUAAAAAUCAAACUGGCAUUUUCCACACAGCUUUUAUAAUCAAAGUUACUGCCUUGUAGAGGGUUUGUUCUCUGAGAUGUCUUUAUAAUUGUAUCAGUUCAAUUUUCUCCCUAUAAGUGGGGUUUGAAUUGAAGUUAAGAAGAAGUCAGAUUGGAAACAAGUGCCUUUGUAAGUGACACUUGAAUAGCACCUUACAGCUUUGACUGUUUCUAGUUGGCUAUAUGGUGCUUCCCAGUGAAGUGUCUUCUGUAGCACCCGGAUCAUUUUGUCUUGUAAGCUAUAACAUGGAUUUCAAAUACUGCCAUAUUGUCAGGAACCUAUCCUCAGCAUAUUACAGACAACAGAGGUCUAGAUGAUUGAGUUUAAGGCCUAUUCAGGAUGCUGAGGUUGGGAUUUACUUGACUCUGGACCCAGUGACUCACUAUGUGGCCCUGCCCCGGUGGCAUUUAUCUCUUUGUGCUUCCCGUUUACUGUUUAGAAGGAGUUAUAGUGGCUCUUACUGCACUCGAAGUAAAUGUUCACUUUUUGGUUAAAGGUAUUUGCUUGGCAAAUUCUUUGUCAAGAAAAAAUGUGGUUUUAGUUCCUAUGUGUGUUAAAUCGAUCCCUGUACUAAACAACAUACCUUUAAUCUCUUUAUUUUGCUCUUUCCUGAAAGUUUGAAAAUAUUAUUUCUAUCUGCUUGUUUUCCAAUUUGUGUCCUCAGUGAAUUGGAUAGUAUCUAUCAUUAAAACAUCUUACAUUCAGUAGGCUGUCUUUAUUUAGUCCUAAGGGCUUUAAUUCAAAAGUCUGUGUGCAUGCAUGUAGAGCUCCCAUAUGUCCUGAAUUUCCUGGUUUAAUUUUCAAGAUAACUUUCCAUGUUAUGUGUUUUCCAACUCCCUUUUUGCUUAUCUUUUAACCCUAAAUUCAGAUUCAGUUAAAAAGCCAUUGGUUUUUUUUUACAAGUUCCAUACACAUUUUGGAGCUUUUAUUAUAGCUAAGGAGUUCCUGGAUCAGACUGCAGAUCUAAUGUAUAAUUUGUGAGAUGAAAUUAAACAAACUAAGGUUGUAUUUAAUUCUGUCCCCAUCGGUCUCAGAAAGCUUUCUGAUCCACUGCUGGCUUCUAUGAAUGGAAAACAGAGGAAGUGAUUUUCACAUCGUUUCCUUUUUAGUCUAUAGCCCCCUGCACUCCAUAAAAUCUGCUCUAGAGCAUUGUGGGGCCAUUUGGAAUAGCAGAGGGCUGUAGGAUAAAAAAGAAAUUUACAAAAAUUCCUGCCCUCUAUUUAAGCGAAUAACCCUUUGUGAAUACAGGGACAUAACUAGAUACAAACCCAUGCUAUUAACAUUCAGUAAUAGAUUCAUAUGUUUAAGUCCUAACUGGUGCUCUGUCAGGACUGUCCCCUCAGCAGAAGUCUGCUCAAGUGAUGCUUCUUCUGAUGGAAAAGUGAAAAGAUUGUAAGAUCCAAGCCAUUGUACUUACUGUAUCUUUCCGUACUUGUUUAAACACUCAUAUUUUACAUGUUUUGUGGAUACUGCUACUUCUAGAGUUAUAAAUGCAAUCUGCCUUUCUUUGGAGACAAUUUUGAAAGCUGCAAAUAUAAUGGGUUAAUACAUAGAAAGGUGUAAUAAAGAUUAGUUAUUGCAACUUAUUAUAAGGUUAAAAUCCCAGUUUGUCUUUUUUAAAAAAGCUCUUGAAUGCAGUGCUUAUUACUGUGGCGAGAUCUCUGGUACAGCUCUAUAAAUGAGUAUGCAUAUAUUAUUUUUGCAUGAAUAACAAUAGUGAAUUAAAUAAGCUAAACCAAAAAGAGUCUGGUAUGUGGGUUGUUAGAGAUUGUUGUUUUGUUUAUUUCAGAAUGUACCUUUUGUAUUUAAUAUGCAAGCAGGCUAUGAAAAAAUGCUUAUUUCCAUUUCAAUGGGAUAAAAAUGUUUUAUGCUGUUGAGUUACACAGUAUAGGACCAGAAAAGAGUGCAUUUUGUUAAUUUAAAGACGUUUCUGUGUGCAGUGACAUUAUAGCACAAGUAACAAAUGGAUGUAAUUUUGCUGAACCUUUAAGCAUCAUGCUGUUCUAUAGUUUUCUGGAUUAUGAUUGUAUUGCUUUAAGAGCAGGGUUGACCUGGUCAGUCUUGUUCUGAUAUCUUUACCAGCAACAAUGAUAGAACUAUCUUUCCUUUGAUCUGUUUGAAUUUAAUUGUCUUUUACUGUGAUCGGCAAACUUGAAAGAAUUCCCUGGCACUUAAGCUUCCUUCAAGUGCAAUAACUGAAAUUGGUAUGAAUUGUAUUGUUCUUCCUCUUUACUUCCCCCCAAUAUUUGACAGUAUGUUAAACUAUGUAUGGAACUUGGUUUUCAUCAUAUAUGUAUCUAUUUAUUUUUAUGUCUAGUGUUGCUUGAUGUGUACAGAUUCACAAGUAAAAUAUUCUUAAUAAAGCAUUUUGAUGCUU